CGGCGGCCGAUAGUCUUAGGGUUCCACGUCUCUGGAGGAGGCGUGCUGGGACCCCUGCGCUGGGCUACUCAGGGACAGGAGCCUAUCCGUUGUGAAGGCAGGUGGGGACCCCGCGGGCCACCUCGAUUCCUGGGCCCUGCGAUCUGGCAGGCCAAAGUAGGGAGGCAGCUGGAAGGAGGGGAGGGGGAGAGACGCUGAGAGAAACAGGGGUCUCCGAGAAACCACAGGAAGUCCCAGGCCGCGCCGGCUCCCGGGCUGUGCAGGCCCCACGCUCAACCCGCACAUGACCUGGGAGGACAAGGACCCCUGAGCCCCCUUCACAGCCGGGAAGACCAAGGCUCAGGGCUGUGCAGGUGAAGCCAGUGGGACUGGGGCCACAGCAUCGCCCCAUUUAACCCUCGCUGCACCAGAGGAGGUGGGCGUCAGACUCCCGCCCACACAGACUAGCGAUGCAGCCACGGGGGGGUCAGUGGUCCCGACGAGAUCCACACCCAGAUGGCAGGGACCCUGAGGCCAGCUUGUGGCCCCCGCUGGACGGUGGCAGGGCAGGGCAGAGGGUGUGGCCCCGGGCGGCAUCCCAGCAGGCAGGGCCGGUCCGGCAAGGUGGGCAGGCAGCAAGGAGGAGUUUUCUGGGUCCAGGGAAAGGCCAGGACUUCCCCAGAAGCAACAGCGUCUCAGACCGACCCUGGCUGCCGUGAGGAGGAACCGCAGAGGUCCGGAGGCCUCACCGUGGGGCUGGACAUCCCAGCCACCCCUCCCCGGCCUGGAGCCCCGCCGCCGAGCUGCUCGAGGGGCCCGGCCGGACAGCCGAAGGAGCCGCCAUGGAGAUGACUAACGCCUCGGGGCUCCUGGGAACAUGGCCACGGCCCAGCCCCGGGCCGGCUGUGCCCACCGUGCCCGCCGGGCCGCAGAUGGACCGCAUGGGGAACAGCUCCCAGGGCGCCUCCCGGCUCUUCCUCACCACCGCGCUGGCCCGCGGCAUCUCGGGGGUCUUUGUGUGGACCGCCCUGGUGCUCACCUGCCACCAGAUCUAUCUGCACCUGCGCUCCUACACGGUCCCCAACGAGCAGCGCUACAUCAUUCGUCUGCUCUUCAUCGUGCCCAUCUACGCCUUCGACUCCUGGCUCAGCCUCCUCCUCCUGGGGGGCCACCAGCACUACGUCUACUUCGCCUCGGUGCGUGACUGCUAUGAAGCCUUUGUCAUUUACAGCUUCCUGAGCCUCUGUUUCCAGUACCUGGGGGGCGAGAGCGCCAUCAUGGCCGAGAUUCGGGGGAAGCCCAUCCGGUCAAGCUGCAUCUACGGCACCUGCUGCCUCCAGGGCAUGUCCUACUCCAUCGGCUUCCUUCGCUUCUGCAAGCAGGCCACACUGCAGUUCUGCAUCGUGAAGCCCAUCAUGGCCGUGGUCACCAUCGUCCUGCAGGCGUUCGGCAAAUACCACGAUGGGGACUUCAACAUCCACAGCGGCUACCUCUACAUCACCCUGGUCUACAACGUCUCUGUCAGCCUGGCCCUCUACGCCCUGUUCCUUUUCUACUUGGCCACCAGGGAGCUCCUGCAGCCCUUCGAGCCUGUCCUCAAGUUCUUCACCAUCAAGGCCGUCAUCUUCCUCUCUUUCUGGCAGGGGAUGCUGCUGGCCAUCCUGGAGAAGUGUGGGGUCAUCCCUGAGGCCCAGGUCAUCGACGGGAGCAAGGUAGGGGCCGGCACGCUGGCCGCGGGCUACCAGAACUUCAUCAUCUGCAUCGAGAUGCUGUUUGCCUCCAUCGCCCUGCGCUACGCCUUCACCGUCCAGGUCUACGCGGAGAAGGAGAGCUCGCCAGCCCCCGAGGCACCCAUGCACAGCAUCUCCAGCGGCCUCAAGGAGACCAUGAGCCCACAGGACAUUGUGCAGGACGCCGUCCACAACUUCUCACCCGCCUAUCAGCACUACACCCAGCAGGCCACUCACGAGGCCCCGAGCCCUGGUGCCCACCCCAGUGUGGCCGGAGGCUCUGGCGGCCUCAGGAAGAGUCGCAACGUGGAGAAGAGAAUGCUGAUCCCCGCAGAGGACCUGUAGGAGGGCCACGGGGGUCCCCGGCCGCCUGCCUGGACCAGGCUGCCCAGGCCUCUGGGAAAGCACAGGGCCCCUCACCCUCUUGCCAAAGGUGAAGCCCCUCCUGGGAGCCCUGGUGCCAGGCCGGUGGCACCACUUCCCAGCCUUCCUCCCGCCAGCAGGCCCGUGGCCCCAGGAGAGGGCGCCUGAGUUUAUCUGAUGAACCAGGAACCCACCAGGCUCACCUGGCCGUCACGGGGCUGUCGUGAGGCAGGCACCGGCAGGGCAGGGGCGGAUGGACGGACCUCACUCUGGGCCCUGGGAGAGCGAGGCAGCCCCGCCCUGAGGACACCGGAGCUGUAGGCGCUACGGGCCGGUGGGGGCAGGGGACUGGGCUGGGCAGAGCUGCUUUGUACCCCCUCCAGCCCUGGGGACUCCUGAAGAGCCCCCACCCGGGGAAGGCGUGCCUGAUGAGGCUCUGGGAGGUGCCCAGGGCCACCUGCACGGAACCUUCACCCUGGGCAGCCUGCGAAGCGUGUGGGGCUCCUGGGGGCAUCACCUAUUUAUACAUAAACAGCCUGCGUUUUCUAGUGA